CUCAAGUGGCUCGCAUUAUAAAUAUAUACAUGUAUAUAUGUAUUCCUGUAUUUGGAGAUCCUCCAUCAGAGACAUUGAGCUCCUUUCUUGACAGUUGACAUCCCAGGCUAAGAGCUGAAGAUCUUCUUCGUCCUCGACCAAGAAAAUUUGUUGAGGAAAUGGCAUCCAGGAGAAUUCUCAAAGAGCUCAGGGACUUGCAAAGAGACCCGCCCACUUCAUGCAGCGCAGGACCCGUAGCUCAAGACAUGUUUCACUGGCAAGCAACCAUAAUUGGCCCAAACGACAGCCCUUAUGCAGGUGGUGUCUUCCAAGUUACCAUUCAUUUUCCACCUGAUUACCCUUUCAAACCUCCCAAGGUUGCAUUCAGAACCAAAGUAUUCCAUCCAAAUAUAAAUAACAAUGGAAAUAUCUGCUUGGACAUCCUCAAGGAUCAAUGGAGUCCAGCGCUCACCAUAUCCAAGGUUCUACUAUCCAUAUGCUCACUUCUCACGGAUCCAAACCCAGACGAUCCACUAGUGCCAGAAAUUGCUCACAUGCACAAGACUGAUAGAGUCAAGUACGAAUCUAUGGCCCGUAGCUGGACGCACAAGUAUGCCAUGUGCUGAACCUGAAUCCCUCGACGCCCCCCAUCGGGUCUCCAUUCACCCCAAAAUGUCUACUCAUGAGAAUCGAUCCAUUCUCCCCUCCUACUUUAAGGCUUCAGCGCCACCACGAGUAGUGCGUGCGUCCAGACAGAAUAAAAUUUUAAUUUGCUUUAUGGAUGGUUUCUUCAUCAUAAAAUGCAAAGCUUCGAGUUGUGCCUUCUUUCCCUUUA